AUGCAUCCAACUGAAGUUUAUCUCGAAGGUGCACUGCUUCUGGAGAAGCUAUGGCGCGAGCCUACUCCAGACAAUUUACACUGCUUGUCAUGUCAAGAGCCAUUCACCAGCGGCGUUCUAAUGCGGACCUUUCGCAUGGUAGCAUCAGAUCAUGAACAAACGGGGUACAGUAGCAAAGUACCUACCCGUCACGCCACCAUACUCUUCUUCGAUCGCCAUUUCAGUUGUGUGGUAGACAACAAAAUUAAGUUCUCUGCAGUAAGCCAUGUUUGGGACCCAAGCAUCUCCAUGGCCCAACAGCAGCGCAAGACUAUACCACAGACUGAAGAGGCCGCCCGCAAAGUCGUGGAUAUAUCGUUCAAUGUUUACAAUGGCAUCGAGAAUUCUGGCCAAGAAGCUGGUGAAGUCUGGCUCGAUUAUUUGAGCGUACCUCAAUGGUGCGAUACGCUGCGAGAUGGUAUCAUUUCCAUUAUGCAUGAACUCUUCUAUGUCGCAGAAACCACCAUUCUCCACUUGGGCGACAUAAGCCCAGAUUCAAUCCAGCAUCUCUACUCCGAAAGCCGGACUGAUGAGCGAUUGGAUGCUGUUGUUAAAGUUUGCAACUCAAAAUAUUUCUCGCGUAUCUGGACAGCAAUGGAGCUUAUCAGAAGUGGUCGUGUGAGAAUGAUGGUUGGCACAGGCAACUAUCUCGCCAACAAUGACGAUGCAGCGUUCAUAGACCGUCUCUAUGCAGUUUGGGUCGACGAGACCAUACAUCAUAGAUUUGUACAUGUCUUAGAGAGAAAGGUAGAAAUGGGGAAGAAUCGUGUCCCCUGGAGUCUCGGUCUAUCAUCAGUGCGAUUGGCCAAGUCCCUCAGAAUGGUCAACUUCGCAAUGGGUUCGGCUCUCCUUUGCAAGAGAGGGUGCAGAGACCGCAUGGACUUCCUUCACGCUUUGAGAGGAAUCGUUGUUCCAGUAGGUCAUUCGAGUGUGGGUGGCUCAGAUUUCAAGACGGAGUAUUAUCGGCUUGCCUGGGAGUGCCUGAAGCGGCACGAUAUGUCUCCUCUACUCAUGACGCCUUACAUGGGAGCAAUUGAAGUUCGGGGGCCGGGUCAUUGGUCUGAGUUUGCCAACUGCGAUGUUUUCACUUGGCAACUCGAGCACGAGACUGCGCCUCCGGUUUUUAGCGAAGAGCUUUGUUUCGACGCUACUAACUAUCUUAUUUCCUUACCGCUCGUGGAGAUUGGCAUCGUAUCUAUCAUCAAACAGCCAGUACAUGGCGAGCAUCCGAUCCACUUGUCAAGAUUGUCCAAUACAGCCAAGGUUGUGCUAGACAUUGAAGGGCCUGAUCUUCAAAGCUUUGUCGCAGGUAUGGAACGGACACACGGAUCAAACCCGCCAAUAAUUAUGGACCAUUUACAAGAGACAAACCAAACAGAGCGUCUUCAGCAAGCUCUGACAAGUAUUUACAACCAAUCCCAUCUAACACGCUGGCCAAUGAAAGGUGAGUACAACGUCGAAUGGCUUGCAGAAGCAUUAUACUUGUCCAAACCUCGACCUGGGUCCAGUGAAAGUAUUUUGGGUGUGAAUAUGGCCGGCGACGGAACUUCGCAUUGCCACCCAUAUGAUUAUACCUUCGGUAUAACUUGUACAGGCUGUCAUAGGACGUUCGCCUACAGAGCUGGUGGUUUUAUCCUGCCAAGCGACAUGCGAGGAGCAAUGGCGUAUCGUAUUCCGAAUCUACAAUAUCACCUGACGCAGAAGAAUGCAGUAGCGGUCUUUGUUAAAGGAAAACGCGUUGUUGGACGGAUGAUUUGGGCGAAGCCAGCGUGUGCGUGUGAGAAGUUGUCGACGGUGACGGUGAAGAUGCCUGAGCUUUUUCUUCCCAAGCGCUUCUCAAUUAACCACUGA